AUGUUCGGUGAAGAGCACUGCGACUCCACACAGACCCCAGCCGGCAACGACGAACACCUCAAGAUCAGCAACAACCCCGCGACGGCAGUAGCGACGCAGAUCAGGACAAUCUUCAAGGUCAUCGGCUUCGGCAUAAUAGUAGGCAUUGGCGGAGGCGUCCCCAGCGCUGAAGCGGACAUCCAGCUUAGGGAUGUAGUAGUCGGGCGACCGCGCCAGGCUUUCAGCAGUGUGUCGCAGUACAAUAAGAGGAAGACAACGUCGAGCGGUCUCUAUUAG